AUGAAUCGUUCUUACUGUAUUAUUGUUUUAUUCCUAAUAUUACCACCAUUAAAUUGUCACAAUGGGAAUAUGACAGAUAUUUUCGACAUAAGAGACGACUAUAAUAUGUCAAAAAAAUACGUCGCAACUAUAUUGUUUUCUCUAAUGCUGCUGUAUGGUAUUGUUGGCAAUAUACUAUUGACGACAGUAUUCUGUAGUCGCAAUAGUAUGUACAGUCGUCCAUUCAUUUUUAUCGCAAUCCAAAUUAUUAUUUGCAGCUUUUUGAAUUUUGUUACACAAAUAAUCAUUGUCAUACCUGAAAUAGUAAAGAAGAAAAUUUCUUAUUCAUAUAAGCCAACAUUAAUCCAGAGAAUAUUUGCUUCGAUAGAUACAGCUUCAUUUUUUGGUAUAUUGCAUUUUACAUUUCUAUUGACGGUUAAUCGCUUUGUGGUCAUAUGUUCACCAAAAUACAAUGGUAUUUUCGAAUCAAUAAAGCUCUAUUUUCUUCUCAUCUGCGUGUGGUUUUCAGUUCUCGGUUUUUCGGUCACAGAAUUUAAUUACUGUAUUAAAUCUUUCAAUGUUCCAAUUUUGCAAUGGUCCUUGAAUUGUACCAAUAACAUAUCAGAAAAUGGUGAAGUGUUUAAGAAGAUACGUUAUGUAUGGACGCUUGCAUUACCCGUUGCGAUGUUUGCGAUAUACAUUGCAAUAUUCCGCAACAUUCGCCAGAAACGGAAAAAUAGUUUGGUAUUGUGCAAAGCAAGCGGAUAUAAGACAAAGAUAGCUGGUAAAUAUGAGCGAUUGAUGUUAAUUCAAUCAGCAAUCGUUUGCGGAGCAUUUGAAAUUGAAAUUAUUUGUUUCUAUUUCCUUUUUAAAUUUGCAGUGAAAUUAGCAGGCAAAAAAGUUGAGAUCCCCGUCAACAUUUUCAUCAAUUGUUAUGUGAUUUUCAACGGUGCAUUGCUACCCACCGUCAAUUUAUUUUUUGUCAAAAAAUUUCGUAGCAGCGUGAAACGAACAGUUGUAGAAUUGUCAUCCAAAAUUACGAGCAAAAAGCGGCUAUCUACAAAUAUAAUAGCUAUGUAG